AUGGAUACUAUAUUUACGAUAUUUAUCGUACUAGCUCUUGGCCUAUACGGGGAAUGCAAAUGGCAAAAUGAUGAGCAAUUUCAUCAUUAUCAGAAUAGUCGCAGAUCUACUGCCAAUCAUAUGCCUCUUUAUCAAGACAAAACAACCACUAUUCCAGAUCCGCCAGAUCAUAAUAAACUGAUCCCAAUGGCUAGAUAUGUCUUGCAUAAUACCGAUUGGGCGUCCAUAGCAACUAUAUCUGUUUUACCCGCAAUCAAAGGAUUCCCUUUUUCGAAUGUCAAGUCGAUUGUGGAUGGCUCCCUUGCCAACUCCACAGGAAUUCCUUACUUCUAUAUGUCACCAAUGGAUUUCACAGCACGGGAUUUAGCAAAAAAUAGCCGAGCUACUGUUAUGGUGUCUUUAGAGGAAACUAACUACUGUGAAAAGAAAGGCAUCGAUCCGGAGGACCCCCGUUGUACAAGACUUAUACUGUCAGGAAAAAUGAGAAAGGUGAGAGACAAUACUACUGAGUACACAUUUGCCAAAGCGGCUCUCUUCGAAAGACAUCCGGCUUUUGCUAACUUCCCUCCAGACCAUAACUGGUUCGUGGCAAAGUUGAAAAUCGCACAGAUCGCAAUGAUCGACUGGUUUGGAGGCGCUAAAUACUUGUCAGUGAGGGAUUACUUGGCGUACAACUACACAGGAUUGGAAAUGCUACAACAUGCACAGUCACAGGCGCCAGUGACGCACAUGACGUAA